AUGCAGGGGGCCGAGCUCCGGGAUGGCGAGGCGGCGGCGGCGGCCGCUUCGUACCGCGUCCUGAGCCGCCUGCUCGGCUAUGGAGAGGCGGCCCCCGAGCCAGGCCCGCCGCCGCCGCCGCCCCCGGGCCAUGGCCCCCCGCCGCCACCCUUCCUUGCGCGGCCCGGCCCGCGGGGUUCCCGGCCGCCGCAGCUGAUGGUGUUCCGCAACGUGGGCCGGCCGCCCGAGGAGGAGGACGCGGAGGCGGCCCCGGAGCCCGGACCCUCGGAACUGCUGUGUCCCCGGCACCGUUGUGCCCUGGACCCCAAGGCCCUGCCGCCGGGGCUGGCGCUGGAGCGGACCUGGGGCCCGGCGGCUGGACUGGAGGCGCAGUUGGCGGCUUUGGGGCUCAGGCAGCCGGCGGGGCCAGGGAUCAAGACGGUCGGUGGGGGUUGCUGCCCGUGCCCGUGCCCCCCGCAGCCACCCCCUCCGCAGCCCCAGCCGCCUGCUGCCGCCCGGCAGGCCGGCGAGGACCCCACGGAAACGAGCGACGCACUGCUGGUUUUGGAGGGCUUGGAGUCGGAGGCCGAGAGCCUGGAGACUAACAGCUGCUCGGAAGAGGAGCUCAGCAGCCCGGGCCGCGGAGGAGGAGUGGGUGGCCGGCUCCUGCUGCAGCCCCCAGGCCCUGAAUUACCCCCGGUGCCCUUCCCGCUGCAGGACUUGGUUCCCCCAGGGCGCUUGAGUAGAGCCGAGCAGCAGCAGCAGCAACCGCCCCCGCCCCCGCCUCCUCCCGCGCCCCUCCGGCCUCUGGCGGGCCCUUCUCGGAAGGGCUCCCUCAAAAUCCGACUCAGUCGCCUCUUUCGCACGAAGAGCUGCAACGGUGGCUCCUCCGGCGGUGUGGAUGGGGCCGGCAAGAGGCCUUCUGGAGAGCUGGCUGCUUCAGCUGCGAGCCUGACGGAUAUGGGAGGCUCUGCGGGCCGGGAGCUGGACGCGGGGAGGAAACCCAGGUUGACAAGAACUCAAAGUGCCUUUUCUCCGGUCUCCUUCAGCCCCCUGUUCACAGGUGAAACAGUGUCGCUUGUGGAUGUGGACAUCUCUCAGCGGGGCUUGACCUCUCCACACCCUCCAACUCCCCCUCCUCCUCCGAGAAGAAGCCUCAGCCUCCUAGAUGAUAUCAGUGGGACGCUGCCUACAUCUGUCCUUGUGGCUCCGAUGGGGUCUUCCCUGCAGUCUUUCCCCCUACCUCCGCCUCCUCCACCCCAUGCCCCAGAUGCAUUUCCCCGGAUUACUCCUAUCCGAGCAGCUGAAUCCCUGCACAGCCAGCCCCCACAGCACCUGCAGUGUCCCCUCUACCGGCCCGACUCAAGCAGCUUUGCAGCCAGCCUUCGAGAGUUGGAGAAGUGUGGUUGGUAUUGGGGGCCAAUGAAUUGGGAAGAUGCAGAGAUGAAGUUAAAAGGGAAGCCAGAUGGCUCUUUCCUGGUACGGGACAGCUCUGAUCCUCGUUACAUCCUGAGCCUCAGUUUCCGAUCACAGGGUAUUACCCACCACACUAGAAUGGAACACUACAGAGGAACCUUCAGUCUGUGGUGUCAUCCUAAGUUUGAGGAUCGUUGUCAGUCAGUGGUGGAAUUCAUUAAGAGAGCCAUCAUGCACUCCAAGAAUGGGAAGUUUCUCUAUUUCUUGAGAUCCAGGGUUCCAGGACUGCCACCAACUCCGGUCCAGCUACUCUAUCCAGUGUCCAGAUUCAGCAAUGUCAAAUCUCUCCAGCACCUCUGCAGAUUCCGAAUCCGACAGCUUGUCCGGAUAGAUCACAUCCCAGAUCUCCCACUGCCUAAACCUCUGAUCUCUUAUAUCCGAAAGUUCUACUACUAUGACCCUCAGGAAGAGGUAUACCUGUCUCUAAAGGAAGCUCAGCUCAUUUCCAAACAGAAGCAAGAGAUAGAACCCUCCACGUAGCAAGGGGCCCCCUGCUGGUCACCACCAAGGGCAUUUGGUUGCCAAGCUCCAGUUUGAAGAACCAAGUAAAGCUACCAUGAAAAGAGGAGUGAGGAAAAACCAGAGGAAAUAGGAAUGGUUGGGAUCCUCUCUGCAAGGACUUUGGUUCCCCUCACAACCCUGGGGCUUGGAAGAAGCACACAACCAUACACUCUGAGUGGGGCUCCACCUUUCACAUCCAGCCCUGUGCUAUCCUGGGAUUGGAUGAGCUCCUUAGAAAACUGGAAGAAGUCUCAACACUGUUCCUUUUUCAGAAAUUUUGUUUUGGAGAUUUAGAUUUUUUUGGUAUGGAAAACUCACCUUAAAGGCAGCUGGGGUUUGGCCCCAUCAUGUUGAAAGUGGUGCAAUGGGUGAGCAGGUCCAAGGGGGAGGUGGGGGGAGGAGAGGCGAUUGCCAAUGACAGUCGUUUGUCUGGUGCCAGUGUGCUAGUCUUUACCAUUGACCUUGAAGAAGGAAAGAGAAGGAAUUAGAAGUGCAUAUCAGUUAGGUAGCUGCAAUAGGAGCAGAAAAGUAAGGAGGGUCUGUGGUCUCAAAUAGAAGAUUAUUGGACAAAAAUUGGCAAAUGGCCUCUGCUGGGGGAAGUAGUGACUCUUGUCCUUUCCUUCUAGGGUUUUAGGGAUCUGAUUGCAGAAUCACCUCUCAUGAUUAAUUUUACUGAAUUCCUAAGCUCUGUGACCUCAAGUUAGCCCCAUUCCUCCUCCACCCUCUACCCUUUCCUUGAGAUAACUGUACAUUUCACUCUAGUCAUGGUAACAUCAUUCCUAUUGCUUCCGCCAGCUGUCAAGCAGUAGUUUUUCUCAUCACCUGAGCAGCUCCAAUCAUGGGCUGCUAAAGUUAAUGGAGCAUGCUUCCAGAUUCUUAGUGGCAAACUGUACCCGUGACUUAGGAGUCAGUGUUACUUACCUCCAUAUGUCUGUCAGCUAGUGAGAGGGGAUGUGGAGGAAUGUGAGAAACCAAGCGAUUAUAGUUUGCUCUUCCCAGAGAAGGCCUCCUAGUGUCUCAGCCAUCAUGGAGUCUCCUGAGAUGAGAGGAGGAGGACCGCAUCACAUCUCAUCUCCAGGUCUAUUACUGUCGUCCCACUUCUGGGAUGGGAGGUAGCAAGGGCUUCUUUCCUCUCUGUGUUCUUUCUAGCAACCCAAACAUUUUCCUGAGGCAGACACUGUUUGCCCUCCUUUCAUUGCAAAGUCUGUCAUAGGCUGAUUUGAGAGUUGCCUGUCUUCCACGUGAAAGUGAAGAGGAGAGAAAAAUCUGAGUGCUUUUCAACAGUCUAAUUUUUUCUGAAGCUAGCCACUGUCAAGUAGUAUAAUGCUAUCGAGUUUGCCUUUCUAUAGAGUUACUCUGGGAAGAGGGUUUACAAAUAGGAUGUGAAAAUUGAACUAUUUGGUCUUUAUUAUUAUUUGGCAUUAAGUACUCUAUGAGGCUGCCUCUUUUGGUUCCCUUAUGUUUAUGUCUGCCUCAUCUCAUGAGAUAAAAUAUCAGAUUGGUGGUUUCCUGCUGCUUUGGGUGAAGCCCCGGUGUCUCGGUAAUUUAUAGGAGCGCGCCUUCUGGAAACAUUGGCCUUCUGCCUAUGUCGCACAUUGAAUGGCCAGUCUUCCUCCUCAUAACUGAAUAGGGAGGAAACUUGCAUUGCUACCUGGCUAUAAAGGACUGGCCCACAAAAUGAGCUUUGUGGCAUAAACGUAAGCCACCACUGAUUUGUCGUGAGGUACCUCUUCUCUCCUUGGCUCCUAGUAGUAUUGGCAGCUAGUUAAGAUUGUGACCCAGGAAUUUGACUUAACCUAUGAAUCUUGCCUUUUGAGGGUGCAGAUUUUGAGGGUGCACUACCCUUCCUCUGGGAAGGGUAGUGGUUACCAGUGGUUCCCACCUUGCAGGAAGUUCCACUCCACUGUAGAACCUGCUGUCUGGAAUCCACCGGUAGCUUCAGGUGGCUGAUGUACAGUUGACUGGGAUUUUUUUUUUUUUGAACCAUUUUUAACCAUCAGCCACCCAUAAUUUUAAAAUCAUUUUUUAGCAUGUGAUUGCCUGGCUCUGGGCUCCGUAUUGUGGAAAAUACAAGAGGUGUAAGACAUGAUAUUUGGUGUAAGGGAACUUCUAGGUGAGUGCCACAGAUGAAGCAAUUGGAGAAUGGCUCUGUGUGCCAGAGAGAAUCAAGGGAUGUCUUUGAAGAUAUUCAGAGUGGAUAUGGUCUCAGGAUAGACCACAGCUGGUCUCUAUGGUGUGAAGCUUCAGAUCAUAGGUGGGGGCUGGACUGAGGUGAGAAGCACUCAUAAAAGCAUGGGAUCCAUAAUCUGCAUGCCAUGUUCUGGACAGUGCGCAGUCCCACAUUAGAGCAGCAGCAUCAAAGAGUCCUUUUCAGUGUAGUGGUUUAGCCCACAACUUCCUGUUAUCAGGCAAGUUUGAAUGCUGAGGGGUAGUAGUGGUGAAAUGGAGCCCAAAGCCAGCCAGGUUACUGCCCAUGGCCAUGGCCCUCACUGCUCUCCACGUAGCCUGUGUGAGGACGGCAGAACCUCUGUACCCACUAUGGCAUUCUUCAUUUGGAGAAAUGUCAUCCAAGUAUAAAACAAAACUAGCUAAGGAGAUGUGACUGGUCUCACCACUGUCCUUCAUUCUCCUCUGGGAAGGGUAGUGGUUACCUGUGUCCAUAAUCUGUGUUUUAGUCACAGCCCACACUGUGACCUAGUCCUUCCUCAGUAGAGUGGGCUGGAAGGCACGAGUUGGGUAUGCGGAGCCAGGCUCCAUGAGGAGAGGUGGAGGGUGGGACAGUUGCGUGAGAGGCCAGCCUGGCUGGAGUAAACAGGGAGGGAGCAGGAACAGCUAACUGGCCAUUGUCUGCACUGCCCUCAUCUCUCCUGGUGGCGCCCACCCCCUCUUCUGCAGUCUGUGCAAUGCUAAGUGAAGUGCACUCAUUGGAGGGAUUCAGUCCUUCUUGUUGUAUUUUAACUGUCACAAACUGGAGAAUAUUCUAACUUCUAGCACCCCAUCAUCAAUUUCUAAGUAGUGGGUGAGUGAUGUCAGUACCUGCACACUUGUUGAUGAUUGAUCUACUGAAACCUUCCUCAGGACAGGCGUAACCACUGUGAGCUGGUGAUAACUACUGCUACAACUUGCUAUAAGUGGAAAUGGGUGAGCUGUCACAGGAACACAGGAUUAGUGGACAAGUGGGUAACAGCUGGGAGUUCGGGCCACUGGUGAUGACCUUGUCUGGUGGCCUGCCUGUGCCUAGAGAGUGAAUAUAACACCCUGGGAGGGGAGCUGUGGACUGGAGCACCAGCCUCCUGAAAGCUUGUCAGGGAGCUCACCUCCGUGGUUUCUUCUUUCUCACUUCUCACUUGGGCUGAUGGUGUCAGGCCCUUGUUAGGUUGGGAGUGAUGUGAGAUAGCUGCAAGCACCCCUUCAAUGCACAUCCAGGAAGAACUAGGGAGUUGGAGGGGGGGGGCCUAGUUGUCUCAGAUCCUUAGAUCUGAGACAGGAGUAGAGCCAGAUGCCCUGGAGAGCCAUCAGAAAGUGGGGAUAGGAGGAACUUUUCCCUUAGGUUAGGUCCUUCCCUGCCCGGCUGCCUCUGCCUUGACAUUGAGCCCCAAGACUGGAGGAGUAGGCACUGGGAUAGAGCCCUGUGGCUGCUGAAAGGGGGACUGAAAGUCUGUGUGCGUGUGUGUGUGCGUGUAUGCGUCUUCACUUGCAGAAGUCUUGCCACCGCUGGGGUGUUGAGAGCAUCUCCACUGGGGGGAGACCUGACAUUUGUUUUCCACUUUUGAGAGGAUGCCAUGCCCCCUGUUCCUAAGGGAGGAGCUUUUGCAUUAGACAUUUUCCCUAUGGGAAUCCUCUUGGUUUGGUUUGUGGGAAAGGGGGGAGUGGAUAAAUGACUUUUAUCUCUAAUUGUCAACACAGCUGUUCUUACACUGAAUUUGUGCUAUUGCAUACAUGUAGCCAUCUUUCUUUUCACUGCAGCAGUGUUUAUCAGUAGUUCAAAAUGAUUUAUUUGCUCCUGGGGAGUAAAACCUUUUUUAUUAAAAAAGAAAAAGAAAAAAAAAAAGUGUGAACGCCCCCCACACACACACCAUGGUAGCUGUAGGCUUAUUGGGCCACAGAGCUGAAGAAGGCAAAGUCAAGUCUGCCAGGCCCCGUGACCCUGUCCUGUGUUGACAUGGGAGCCUUUGUGCUCGGCACGGAGUGACAGGAGGCCUUGAGAAGACGGACAAUGGAGUCCUGGGAGGCGUGAGGCGGGGGCGCACCACAGAGAGGCACUGGGGACUCAGGGCUGCAGUUAGAAACAGAGUAAUGAGCUGUAUUUCAAAUACUGAGACUGAUCUGCCAGGGGAAGGCCUGCCUUUAUGUGCAGAUUCCAUAUUGUCUUUGUCCUUUUCAUUGCUUCUUGACCUUCCUGGUAGGUGCCUCUCAGUUUCUUCCUGUUCCCCUUCCUGUCCCCUGCGCCCCUUCUCCCCUCCCCAUCCAUUCCCAUCUGCCUCCCAGGAAGCCAGUCCUGCAUGCUGAGUCUGUGACAUGACUUCACGCCCAUCUCAUCUCAUUUAGGGGGAACUGCUCCCUCACCUCUGCCAUCCCUCCCUCCGCCAUGCCAAGAGGCAUCAAGGGGCCGGCAAAGAGCAACCAGCCACAGCAGGAAGACAUGAUUCUGGUUGCAGCUGGACUGCGAUCAUAGUUGCUCCUGGAGCUAGAGUGUAAGGAAAACGUAGGACACUCUGGUCAGAACCCAGGAUGAUCACAGACUGCACAGCCCCGCUCUGAGCUGCGGCCUAAACUGCCUGAGCCCCAGUUCAGCUGGGAGGGGAAGACUGGUCUGACCACUCCAUCCCUGGUGCUCCCUUGAAUAGGGACCUGCCCCUCUCUGCUAGGCCCAGAACCUUUUCCAAGGGACAAGCAUAACCCAGGCACCGCUCUGUGGGCAGCCGGCUUUUGGGACGCCCAAACUGGUGCUGCCUGUGGCACAGCCACUGCUGUACAUUUUUUGGUUGUUUUUUAAGAAACUCAACAAAGAGGGGUGUUGUUCUGGGCUCCGGUGGUGGCUAAUUCUUUACGAGAAGGGGAGCCACACACCCCUGCAGCCACUGCUGUCCCCUAGCCACCCUGGCGCUCCUCCAAGCCAAAGCGUGGCCUGGCUUUUGUCUUCCCAUUUAGUUUUUCUCCUCAACUCUCCCUUUUUGUGCUUAAUUUAUUAAAAUAGUUGCUGUAUAAUUUAUUUUCAUAAACUAUAAAAAAUUACUAAAUGGUUAAAAUAGACUUGCAGGCCAAUCUUAAAUGGGGUGGGAGGGUUUGAGGGU